UGGUGCGAUUGUCAUCUGUCCGCGUACAUGCUGGUUCUUGUUUUCUCUUCUCGCAAGGCGUUGAGUUAGUGCAGACGACGACCGACCGAGCCCGUGACUCCGAAACCAGCUCGGAGACCGCUGCAGACGUUGGCGCAGGGCCAGCCGAUCCGUUGCCUAGUUCCUGUUCCGUGCUAGUUGCUCGUCUCGUCAAAGGCCGAAACCUUGGGCAGUCUGGCCCGAAUUGAAGAGGUCAUGGCUCAGGGGGCAGCGCAAAGUGGCUCGAAAGCGCCGAGGGAUGCUGGGCCGCCCAGCGACGCCGGGGCGGUGGCCCAGGCAACCGAGGAACAAGUGGAUCAGCCGGCUCCCCAAAACCAGCAGGAAGCUAGACAACCUACUGGAAUGGAGUCCUUCAUGGCCAUCACAAAGUCUUUAAUUAUCCGUGCGCUUGUCAUUUACUUUAUCACUUCUUUCUUCCGACGACCAUCAGCUCCAGUUACUACGACAGACCCACAGACUGGUGUCCAAACUAAGGGAAACCUGCCUGCCUUUAAUUUAUUUGAAAAUGGAACUGCCUUGGAUCUGUAUGUAUUUAUAUCAGAAUCAAAGACCUUCAAAGAUUUUGAUAAACAUGAAGCAUUAAUCUGGAGAAAGAAUAAUUUAAUUUAUGGAGACUGGUAUGGUGGUCCCAAUGGGGAUGGAACUUAUGUUUUAAAAUCCCAAAUUCAAACAUCUGAGGCUGUUCAAAACAAUGGAUCAUUAUACUUGCAUGUAUAUGUGACAAAGCAUGGCAAGUCUCCCAAAAAUUCUGAAUUUGGCACAUACAAUGUGCGACAACUCAACAAGUUUAAGCGUAGGCGUUAUAUGAAGACAAAGAACCUACUGACUGGAGAAACCUCAGCGACACCUGAAGAAGUCUUGAAAGCAGAGACUACAAAAGAAGAAGUAAUGUCCCACUGGCAUCCUAAUCUCACAAUUAGUUUGGUUACUGAUCAAACAAAUUGGGUUCAGGGAACAGUUCCUCCUCCACUCAAUGAAUUUAUUGAAUUUCUUCCUGCUGGUACUCAUUACAAACCAGCUGUUUACUUUAAUGAUUUCUGGAAUAUGCUUCGCGACUACCAACCCAUCAACUCAACUGUCAAAACCCUUGAUCUUGAACUCACAUUCCAGCCUCUGUCACUUUUUAAGUGGCAGAUGUAUACUGCCCAGUCUAUGAGGAACAAAUGGACUUCAAGUGUUUUUGGUGACAAUUUUGUUGAAGAGGAAGAUGAAGACCAAGACUCUUUGAAAGAGGCCUUGCUGGAAACUCCAACUUACCUCUUAAUUUUGACUGCAGUUGUGUCAAUCCUGCAUAGUGUUUUUGAGCUCCUUGCAUUCAAAAAUGAUAUUCAAUUCUGGAACAACAGGAAAUCAUUAGAAGGACUGUCUGUUCGCUCAGUGUUCUUCAAUGUCUUCCAAUCGCUUGUCGUGCUCUUGUAUGUUUUGGACAAUGACACUAAUACUGUUGUCAGAAUCAGUGUAGGCAUUGGCCUUCUUAUUGAAAUUUGGAAAAUUCAUAAGGUUGUAGACAUCAAAGUCAACCGGGAACAGAAAGUGCUUGGGAUUUUCCCACGUAUCAGCUUUGCUGACAAGGGAUCCUACACUGAAUCUAGCACCAAGCAAUAUGACAUGCUGGCUUUCCGUUAUCUCUCAUGGGCUCUCUACCCACUUUUAGCUGCUUAUGCUGUCUAUGCCCUCCUUUAUGUGGAACAUCGUGGAUGGUACUCAUUCAUCCUCAAUAUGCUCUAUGGUUUCUUGUUGACUUUUGGUUUUAUUAUGAUGACUCCUCAGCUCUUUAUCAACUACAAAAUGAAGUCUGUUGCCCAUUUACCAUGGAGAAUGCUCUCUUACAAGUUUCUCAAUACAUUCAUCGAUGAUAUUUUUGCCUUUGUGAUCAAAAUGCCCAUGAUGUAUCGCCUUGGCUGCUUCAGAGAUGAUAUUGUCUUCCUUAUCUUCUUGUACCAGAGGUACAUUUAUAAGACUGAUCCUACUCGUGUAAAUGAGUUUGGAUUUUCUGCAGAGAUGGAAGAAGAGGCCAAAUCUUCAAGUGGUCAGAAACCGGCCAUUGAAUCUGCUCCUGCUGACAAUACUAAGCCCAAGAGCAAGUCUGCUAAAAAGAAUGAGUAGUGGCUUUACAUGUGUCUAGUCAGAUUUUUCUUUACAAUAAUUAUUUUUACAAAUAUUCCUGUUGCUAGUGAUAGAAUUGCUCUGUUGAAGCGUAAUCAUAAUUUCCAUCAGGAUUUAUUUUCAAACAACUUUUUCUCAUCUACAUUCUUGAUUUUAUUGUUUUUAAGCAAAAAUGAAUGGUUGUUCUGUCUUUUAAGAAAAUAUCAAAAAUCUAAUCACAUUUUGUGAUUGUAAUGGAUUAUGGUGAUAUCCUACUGAAUGCAAUAAGAGCUCAUAAGCUAAUGUUCUGUUAAAGUUUACCUUGGUUUGAACAAAAAGUUUGAACAAUAUCUUUGAUCAAAAACAACCUUGUUUUCCAACCAAUGUUUCUAUUUGGUUUUGUGAAUGUAUGUAACUUAUUCUGACUUUAAAAUUUAAUGAAACAAUUAACUGUAAGCUUGCAAAAAAAAAAGAGGAAGGUGAUGUAUACAGUAUAAUACAUGAUCUGGAGAGGCAUGAAUUCCAUGAAUGUUGUUGACUAGACUCAUGUCAAGAGCUUAGCUGUCUUUCAGUAUUAACGCAUUGUCUGUUAAAAUGUUUUGCAUACCAAGUCAACAUUUUGUGGAUAGGAGCGACCAAUAACUUAUCGAUAAAUGUACUGCUUUUCUUCAGUUGACUACAAAUCUUAGAAGAGCCGGCUCUAUGGUUUCCAGAGAUUGUUCGUUUAUUGAUGUUAUACAAGUUUUUUCUGUUAAAUUUAUUGAACCAACAUGCACAUAUUGCACAAUUGAGGCAUAUUGUUACUACAUAUUUAUGCUGUGAAAUGGUACUAGUGUGAAUAUUGAUCAUUUUUUAGCAUGAUCAGCAUUUAAGAUCCUUUAUAUAGGUACUUUAAUGUAUUAUAUGAUUUUAUGCCAAAUUAUAUGAUUUUUUAGUGAAAGGUGUUUGUUGUUAAUUCUGUUUGUGAAGGCACCUCAAGAAGACUUAAACCAGUGUGCUUUUUGUAUUCUUGGAAAAUGCCCCUCCAUAUUCUUUUUGUGAUGGCAUCUGAAAAAGACUUAAAACUGAGUGCUAUGUGUAUUCUUUGAAAAUGCUCUCCCUUGCCUCUAUUAUUCUGAAAAAUUGUGUGUGGAUUUCAUUAUUUACGAAUUCUGAGUGACAUUUUUUGUUUGAACUUGCUUCUGAUCAACCCAUAUGAUCUGCUUUUUUUAGUAGGCUGCUGUGUGAAAUUUUCAUGUUAAAAUAUCAGAUUACUGCAUAUCAGGAUAGUUACUUCAAAUUACAUUUGAAAUGUUUACUGUUAGCUUCCUUCUGUAACUGUGGGGAAGAUGGUUUGUACUGUUGUUAAGAAGGUUGGUUUGUGAUUCAAAUUUACCACAGAUGGAUUUGAAAACAAACAUGUGGUUUUACUGAAUAUGAUGUUUGACCAUGGGCAUUUCUACUUUGCAUUUAUGUUUUGUUUUAUCCUUUAAAAGCUUUCAAUCUGUUAGGUCACCUCCUUAACAAAAUUAACAGCAAGAAUUUACGAAAAUAUAAAUUUGAUUGUUUUAGCUUGGACAUAUUUUGUGUUUUCUUCUCUUUGAAAUUGUCUACCAGAUCUGUUGGCAAGAAUCAUGAAUCAAACAAAAUGUGCAACACUUAAAUGCUGUGAUUAAGUGUAUUUAUAAUGUUCUGAAUAGAGUGAAUGUAUUCCAAACAAAUUAAAUGAAGGAAAUUUUUUGUUAUUAUAAGGCAAGCUGUCGAUCUGAUCUCCCAGGGUCUCUGAAGGACCGCAAGACGUAAUCUGCUAAGUGGUUAAGCUGCGGAGCAAUGUAUCUCCAAAGCACUACUCUGAACCCCAGUAAAAAUGAAGCAACCUUAGCUAUUAGUCUGUAGCUAAUUGUUGUUCAGAAAUAAAAUAAAAAUAAUAAAUGUG